UCGAAAUCGAUCAAUGUGACUUGAUGACGAUUGGUCUGGGAGCGAGUUAUCCGCCAUGGCUGAAGAUACGGUCGUAAGAAUUCGCAUCCCCUGGCUCGUCGAACAACAAGUAACCCUAUCCGCAAGGAAAUGUCCUCUUCUGCAUGCGCUGUCUUGGCGAAAAUGGUUCUGAAACUGGUGCCGCACUUUGCUUCCUUGAUGUGCUUAGGGAUUCCGAGUUGUCAAUGGUUGAGAAUUAAAAGUUGCGUGGCGUCCGUAAAACUCCGGAACGGUGUUAUUUACGUUGGCUUGUGGGCACUUGCUUCAGCCAAAGCUUUGUUUGAAGAAGAUUAUUUUAGCCAACGUACAAGAAUGAAUAUUUCGGGAAAAGUGAAAGUUUGUGUCACCUUUACCCACUUCGCCAACGCAUACAGAAGACAAAGCUUGUGAUACGUCAACAUUUCGAUUGCUCUCAUCAGUAACAAACGUUUUACGGUUGGGUAAUAAAUUAACAGGUGUACGUAUGGAACGACUUUACACGGUUGAAUCAAAAUUGUGCGAUCAAGGCUAGAUGCG